AUGAGAAAACAACUCUUAUCCCUGGCUGUGCUGGGAUUACUAUCCCUGGCUGUGGGUCAUGAUGUAACCUUGCAGUUACAGCCUCCCACUGCCAUAAAGAAGGUGCCAGUGCCUGUUCCUGUACCAGUUCCGGUUUAUCACAAAGAUGGAGGUUCUGGAGGUGGAGGUGGUGGUGGGGGUGGGGGUGGCGGAGGAGGAGGAGAAGGCGGCGGAAGUGGUGGUGGUGGAGGCGGCGGUGGCGGCGGAGGAGGAUCGGGAAGGGGCACUUGCCCGCGACCUUCUCCCCAAGCUUUGCGGUGCCUCCAGGAAUGGGCCUGCCAGUACAUCAUCCGCCUGGAUCUGCGCUGCCUGCUCGCUUUAAAUGGCAACCCAUUGCUUGGCAAUCUCAUUUCCAUACCGGGCAUCACCGGCGGCGGAAGCAGCAGCGGUGGCGGUGGCAUCUUGGGCGGUCUGCUGGGUGGCAAAUAG